UAUCUAAAUCAAAAUAUCUCCAACAAUGUCAUAUUUUUAAUUAUAGCUAAAAUUCAGACGUAGUACACUUAAUUUUGAAAACGCUCAUAAACAUUUUAGACUUUUGUAACUUCCGUUUCAUAUCAAAUGGAAUACUCUCAUCAUAACAAGUCUAUUUAUCUUUAUUAGAUAGUUUAUUUAAUAUUUUGUAGCGUUAUAAACUUUCCUGUUGCUUUGAGUAACAUUUUGUAGAUCAUUUUCUUGGCUAUAUUAUUUUGAUUAGUAUUGUUUCUCUGUAAUAUACUUGCUAUAAUAAGUAAUGUGAGUAUCUACUAGCAAUUUCGGUGCUGUACUGUGGAUUAAGCCCAUCCCGAAUCGUUACGUACAAAAGGCGCAAUGACGUGCGCUCAUCUUGGAGUCUUGUCUAAGUAAAAGUACAAAAUUUACAUUUGUGUAAACUUCUACUCGUCUUGGCGGGGGCACUACUGUGCCCCCAGAUCUCAGCAUUGCCGUAUGGCAAUGUGUGCGGGACACGGGUUUAUCUUAAGAUGCAGAUGCACUAAGCGUCCUUUACACAAACUGUAGGGUGGUUCGCCGUAGAAGAAAUACCACCGGUUACAACUCACGGUUUAUUUACUUUUUACAAAUGUUUACGGUUUAUUUACUUUUUCACUUAAAAAGUUCCAAAAUCCCGACUUGGCAAAAAAAAAUCUGGCAACGCUGCUCGUGAUACUUACAUUUUGUACGAAAGAAAAGGCAUGCGAAAAGAUUCACUGGGGUUUGUGUUACAAGAUAAAGUGGAGAGAAUAAUAAGCACAAAUAUACUUCACUCGAUCAUUCAUACAGUUUCAGUCACAUUUUUGACCUGACAGACCGGGUGAUAAAGUGGCCGAUAAAGAUGGCCGUCAUUGCUAACCAUUCACAGGCCAGCACAAUUGACCGUCAAUAAAAUUGUGCUGGCCUGUGAAUGGCGUGACGUCAAUUAUUGACGUCACGCUGUGGCAAACAAACGGUGUACUGUGCCUGUUGCUAGUAGAAUAUUUAAUUAAACAUGAAUUCUACGUAUUACAAGUCCUGUAUAGUGCCCCAGUGUAAAAGCACAAGCAUAAAUACGCCUAACAAAUUAUUAAUACACGUUCCAAACAAUCCACAAAUACGGAAAAAGUGGCUUACACUUGCAAGGAGGGCUGAUGCGCAUUGUUUAUCAACUAAGUCACGGAUGUAUUUUUGUGAAGAUCAUUUUGAUUUGCCAAAUGAUAUGCUCAAUUAUACCGAGUAUCGUGUUAUGGGAACAGUAGCACGAGUGCGCAUGAAACCAGGUUGUAUUCCAAGUAAAUUUGGAUGUCAUGAAGACAGAAGAAAACGAAAAUAUGGCGGCACAGAACGGUCGUACACAUUAAAAAAACAAAGAAUGACGAUUAUAGCAGAGUGUCUGAAAGAAACAGAAGUUGAAGAAAGUGGUAUGCCAAGUUCAUUUCACAAAGUCACUCCUCGUACAAACGCAGAUGACUUGGAGUUGAACAGCGAUGAUAAACUGAGUGACGACGAUGCCCUGGCCACGUUUCCGUCGCAGCCGCGGCAGGCGCCCAUCGCGUCAUCUAGUGCAGGAGGAGGCGAGGACCCGCGCGAUGACGAGAGGUGUGACUCGUGCCGCGGCGGCUUGUCAGGUAUCCGGUUGGUGUGCGUGCAGUGCUCGUACAGCCAUUGUGUGGCGUGCGAAACUAGCGGUCGCCACCGGCACCACUACAUGCUGCGCGUGCCGGCCAACGGACAGAAGAAAGUACUGGAGAGGCUUGUGAAGAUAAUUCAAACGGAGUUACCUGAGAUCGACGCGAACUAUAAGUCUGACGCGGAUCCCAGUGACGAGCCGCUAAUAAUUAAAACUGAGAUCAAGACGGAGGAAGAGGAACCGGAUCCUCUGGGCGAGGCCACAAUAUAUACGGAGCAGCUAAGACCAGAAGAAGUUCUGGAACAGACGAUGUUGGAGAUAGAUAAGGGGUGUCUCGGCCAGGUCGUUGACCCGCCCCCGGCGCCGGCGAUGCAAGCGACCACCUCUGCUCACCCUGCUACAAACAUUAUACCUACAACUGGUGCGAGUGUUGCCAGCAAGAGGCGAGCGUCGUCCCCGACGCAACCGAGCGCGCCCAAGAAGGUGACGUCACCACAACAAUACAAGACUGAUCCAUGGACACAUCAAGACGAUAUUGACCCUCAUACGCCCGGUGAGAUAAGCAUCAAGACUGAAACCUCAAUGCCAGAUAUGAAAGGGCGCGGUAAGAAAGGCAGAACUACUAAGAAGAAAGUGAAACAGUGAUUUAAGUAGAUAGAAUAAUUUAAAUGGGAGACACUGGUGCUAAUUCCUGUAAACACCAUCUAAUUUUAUUUUAAGUUAUACCUGUCAUUUUCUUAUCCGCCGGAAAGGAAAGGGACGGGUAAUCGACAAACAUAAGAGAUACCUUUUUGAUUCGCCCGGGUUAUUCAUCUGUCCCUUUUCAACGGAUAAGAAAAUGACAGGUAUAACUUAAAGUAAAAUUAGGAGGUGUCUGCAGGAAUCGGGGCCAUUUUGUUGAUAUUAAGUUCUAAAUUACUAGUUGAUUUUAAUUUUGUGAAGUCAAUUUUGUAACUCGUAAAAUCUUUAUACAUCAUCAAUAAAAAUAUUUUU